AUGGCUACCUCAUCAUCCGCCAUGGGCAUGGGCGUGACUACUCUAAAAUCAGUCUUACGCAAACAAAUCCGAACCAAUUUAUCACAAUUAGAUGAAACUUCAAUCAUUCAACAAUCUAAAUCAGUUUGUAAGAUUAUAAAAGAAUCAAAUUGGUAUACCUCAUCUAAAAAAAUUGGUUGUUAUCUUUCCAUGAAAAAUGGUGAAUUAAGAACCGAUGAAAUAAUUUUAGAUGCAUUCUCUUCAGGUAAAGAAGUUUAUAUUCCAUAUUGUUCUUCGAAAACCGAAAUGAGAAUGUUAAGAUUAGAAAACCAAAGUGGAUUUUCAAAUCUAUUGAUCAAUCGAUGGGGAGUUCGAGAAUAUUUACCUAGUCAGGUUUCUACUUUUGAAUCGGUCGAUGAAUCACUAGAUUUACUUCUGAUGCCAGGUCUUGGCUUCGAUCGAUCAGGUGGAAGACUUGGUCAUGGUCGUGGAUACUAUGAUCGUUAUCUUUCUAAACUCAAAGCAAGUUCUAAUGAUUCCCAAACACCAAUGCCAUUACUAGUUGGCUUAGGACUAACUGAACAAAUCUUACCUAUCGGUCUUGAGCUACCGACUUGUGAAACUGAUCAUAAUCUCGAUUUGUUGGUUGGACCAGAGGGACUGAUCAAGUUUUCUACUUUUUCCUCAUGA